GAGUUGGGCUUGGUACAGACACAGCCUGAUAGCCCAGUCAGGGUGAAGCAGAUUUCUGGCAAAGUCCUCCCUGAUCUAUUUGCAACUGGGCACUCUUCCCAUCAGCAGCGCACGCUUUGGGAGGAAUCUUCACGGAGGUGGAAAAGAGUCACUGAUAGGGAAGUAAAAUUCUCCCAGAGAAGCUGCUACUGUGAGAAUCAGGGGGAUCGGAAAACAGCCCCUGCCUGUCGGGUCAUCUGUCCAGUUUCUGUCGGAGUGUGUCUUAGCUUUGUGUGCACUUGUUUUUACCAUUGGUGGCUAGGAGCUUUAUCAGGUUGCUCUGCCCUCUUCCAAGUCAGAUGUUCUACAUUGGAGUAGUUUCCCCCCAAAAGCAUUCCCUGGGGAAAGGAAGAAGAGGCUCAGUGGGAAGACAGAUGUCCUGAAUUUGUUUUUGUUGUUGUUUUGCUUUUGUUUGUUUGAUUGUUUUUUGUUUACCGUGGCCUCCUAGAACUACCCUGUGUAUUGUGGUCAUGCUGCCUCUAGGGACCAAGGCAAGACCCAAUCUGAAACCCUGGGAAGUCUCUGGUUCUCCCUCUAAUGGGGGCGGGGGGAGUGUGUGUCUAGCUUUUGCCUGAUGGAAAGGGUAGCCCAGUGGAUAAGCUUCACAGAUCCAUUUGUUUACUGUAGACAGAUUAGUAUACCCAGGUGAGCAACCAUCUACCCUCUACCCAGGGAUCUGGGGACCUUUCUGUGUGUGUUUGACUGAGCCAUUCAGGCAAGCUUGAGUUGAGGUGCAGGUAACAUCCCUCAGGCAGCCUAUCAUUUCUUGACCUGUGUCCCUCACAUGCUAUCUGUUCUUCAGACCCCGACUGGCAGACUCAGAUCUCAGCACUCAGCUUAUUUAUGCCUAGCUCAUGCUCUCAGCUCCUGCACUUGUCUCCAGAGCAGUGGCAGUGAGGCUGAACUUAAUAGAGUGACUAAUUAUUCCCUAUGCUCACGCUCUGAGCUCUGGUAAAGAUGGAUGAUGUAGAAACAAGCAGGCUUAUUGUCUCUGUCCCCAAGGGUGAAUUCUGUGUGUUUUCUUGGUUAGAUACAGAUGGGUUCUUUUCAUGAUACCCACUUGUGUUGUCAUACAUUACAUCCUUCAGAGCUGCCGGUAUGACCAUUCACAUGUUAGGUGGUCUUUCCAAUGCCUGCCCCUACUCAUGGGCACAUACCCACACUCUUCCUGCUAAUAGGAAGGGUUAUCCAGCUGAGACCAUCAUUGUUCCCAAACUGGGCCAUCCCAGAGGCAGAAAGUUUGUCUUGAGCCAUAUCCUGAUACAUCAGCCCUGGAAACUACGAUAUGGAGAGCUAUGAGGCAGCAGCAAGAACAUGGCAAGAAACAGAGCUUCCAGAUAAGACCAAAGCCCAGCUUCCAUUUUGAUAAGAGAGCCUAUACUUGUAAAAUAUCCAAAUGUGACAGAAGUUCCUGUCCCAAAUUGUAGUCUCCAGGGAAAUUCUGAUUCUUAUACUGGCAUGUUUGCUUUCAGGUUUUCUGAAUACAUUCCUUUCUCACAGACACUGGCGUGAAUGGGCAGCUGGCAGCAAUGCAGGGACCUUGGACAGACUUCUCCCACCAGUGGGUACUGGGCGCUCACCCCGGAAGCGCACCACCAGCCAGUGCAAGUCAGAACCACCCCUGCUUCGCACAAGCAAACGUACCAUCUACACAGCUGGGCGGCCACCAUGGUACAAUGAACAUGGUACACAGUCCAAGGAGGCCUUUGCUAUUGGCUUAGGAGGUGGCAGUGCAUCUGGGAAGACCACUGUGGCCAGAAUGAUCAUUGAGGCACUAGAUGUGCCCUGGGUGGUCCUGUUGUCCAUGGACUCCUUCUAUAAGGUUCUGACGCAGCAGCAGCAGGAACAGGCUGCCUGUAACAAUUUCAACUUUGACCACCCUGAUGCCUUUGACUUCGAUCUCAUCAUUUCCACCCUUAAGAAGCUAAAACAGGGCAGGAGUGUCCAAGUGCCCAUCUAUGAUUUCACUACCCAUAGCCGGAAAAAGGACUGGAAAACCCUGUAUGGUGCGAAUGUCAUCAUCUUUGAGGGUAUCAUGGCCUUUGCUGAUAAGACACUGCUGGAGCUCCUGGACAUGAAGAUCUUUGUGGACACGGACUCUGAUAUCCGACUGGUUCGGCGUCUGCGCAGGGACAUCAGCGAACGAGGCCGGGACAUUGAGGGUGUCAUUAAGCAGUACAACAAGUUUGUCAAACCUGCAUUUGAUCAGUAUAUCCAGCCUACCAUGCGGCUGGCAGAUAUUGUGGUGCCCAGAGGGAGCGGGAACACAGUAGCCAUUGACCUGAUUGUGCAGCAUGUUCACAGCCAGCUGGAAGAGAGGAAGCUGCGUUGGGAUAUGGCCGCGUUGGCCUCCGCUCACCAGUGCCAUCCCCUCCCCCAGACACUGAGUGUCCUCAAGAGUACACCGCAGGUCCGAGGCAUGCACACCAUCAUCAGGGACAAGGAGACUAGCCGGGAUGAAUUCAUCUUCUACUCCAAAAGACUGAUGCGGCUGCUUAUUGAACAUGCACUGUCCUUCCUACCCUUUCAGGACUGCACUGUACAGACUCCACAGGGGCAGGACUACGUGGGAAAGUGCUACGCUGGAAAACAGAUCACCGGCGUGUCAAUUCUGCGUGCAGGAGAAACCAUGGAGCCUGCACUGCGUGCCGUGUGCAAGGAUGUGCGCAUCGGCACUAUCCUCAUCCAGACCAACCAGCUCACAGGGGAGCCUGAGCUCCAUUACCUGAGGCUUCCCAAGGAUAUCAGUGAUGACCAUGUGAUCCUGAUGGACUGCACAGUAUCCACAGGUGCUGCGGCCAUGAUGGCUGUACGUGUACUCCUGGACCAUGAUGUGCCUGAGGACAAGAUCUUUUUGCUGUCCCUGCUCAUGGCAGAGAUGGGUGUGCAUUCUGUGGCCUACGCUUUCCCACGCGUGAGAAUCAUCACCACAGCUGUGGACAAGCGUGUCAAUGACCUUUUCCGUAUCAUCCCAGGCAUUGGGAACUUUGGUGAUCGCUACUUUGGGACAGAUGCAGUCCCUGAUGGCAGUGAUGAUGAUGAGGCAGCCACUGUGGGUUAGUUCCCUGUCCGAGCUACUCUUAUUUCUACCCAGCCUUCUGUCUUCUGGUCUGGAAUUGCAGGGACAACACAUUAACUUAUUUUGAGUUUAAAAAUGUUACCGAAAUAAAAAUAAUCAGUUUACACAUUUUAUAAAAUAAAUAAAGCUUUAUUUAGAAAAUGA